AUGCGCCUGUUGCGCGUGACGCGCCUGAGCGCGGUGCGGCCCGACGGGCACCUAGGUCUCUGGAGCGACGACAUCGUGAGAAACCCGGAAUUUAAGGAUCUGACGAAGCGCAUGGAGAUUUGGCCGGGGGACUGCACUCACUGGUGCCUGCCAGGCGUGCCCGACGCGUGGGUCGAUCUUUAUUACACUAAUGCCCUCCUAGAACCGACGUUUGUCCAGCUCGCGAACGCGCCUCCCGCGCCGCUUCCGCCGUCCGCGGGGGGAGGCGGGCGGAAGAAUCGGACCAACGGGGGAGGGGAGCAGCGGAGUCCGCCGCAAGGGGGAGGCGGAGCGGGCGGAGGAGGGGGAGGUGGAGGGGGGGCAGGGGGAGGAGGGGGUGGAGGAGUGGGAGAAACAGGGGGAGGAGGUGGGGAGACAGCCCCUGUAGUCAACCCACCUAUAGUCCAGACUCCUCCUGUCAAACCUCCUGCAGUCAAGCCACCCGCUGCCAAGCCGCCUGUAACCAACCCUCCUGCAGUCAAACCUCCUGCAGUCAAACCCCCAGUUGUCAAACCUCCUGCAGCCAAAACCCCCGUAGUAAGCCCGCCUGUAGUCAAACCUCCUGCAACGAAGCCACCCGUUGUCAAGCCUCCCGCAGUCAACCCCCCUACAACAAAGCCUCCUGUAGUCAACCCACCUGUAGCCAAACCUCCUGCAGUGAAUUCACCUGCUGUCAAGUCUCCUAUAACCAAACCCCCUGUGGUGAACCCCCCUGUGGUCAAGCCUCCUGCCGCCAAGCCCCCUGCAGUCAACCCCCCUACAACCAAGCCUCCUCUAGUCAAACCGCCAGCAGCGAAGCCACCAGCAGCUAAAGCUCCAGCUGUCAAACCGCCAGGUGUCAAUCCGCCAUUGGUUCGCCCACCUGUCACUUCUCCAGCUCCAAAAACACCUGUGUGGUGGGAAGGUGGGGAGCAGGAGGAGCAGCAGGGCGGAAAGCAGGAGGAGGAGCAAGGGGAGGAGCAGGGGGAGGAUCAGCAAGUGGAAGAGGAGUGGCAGGAGGGGGCGGGCAGAGUGCAGGACAAGGGCAGGUUACCAGAAGUAUAA